UCCUUAGAUUGCGGUUGUGAUGGGCUCCUGCACCGCUGGAGGGGCCUAUGUUCCCGCCAUGGCAGAUGAGAGCAUUAUCGUGAGGAAGCAAGGAACCAUCUUCCUCGGAGGACCUCCACUGGUCAAAGCUGCAACUGGGGAAGAAGUUUCUGCAGAGGACCUUGGUGGUGCUGAUCUUCACUGCAAAAAAUCUGGUGUGACGGACCAUUAUGCUUUGGAUGAUAACCACGCACUCCAUUUAGCAAGAAAAGCAGUGAGGAACCUCAACUACAGGAAAAAGCUUGAUGUCACCACAGAGCCGGUGGAGGCCCCUCUCUACCCGGCUGAUGAACUCUACGGCAUAGUUGGAGCAAACCUGAAACGCAACUUUGAUGUCAGAGAGGUCAUCGCCAGAGUUGUGGAUGGCAGUAAAUUUGACGAGUUCAAGGCUUUCUACGGAGACACGCUUGUUACAGGAUUUUCCAGAAUAUUCGGUUACCCUGUGGGAAUCAUUGGCAACAACGGAGUCUUGUUUUCAGAGUCUGCGAAAAAGGGAACCCAUUUCAUCGAAUUAUGCUGCCAGCGAAACAUUCCUCUUAUUUUCCUCCAAAACAUAACGGGCUUCAUGGUGGGUAGAGAGUAUGAAGCAGGAGGCAUCGCAAAGGAUGGAGCUAAGAUGGUUACUGCAGUUGCCUGUGCCAAUGUACCCAAGAUUACUGUUCUUAUCGGAGGCUCCUAUGGUGCAGGAAACUAUGGCAUGUGCGGCAGAGCCUACAGCCCCCGAUUCCUGUACAUGUGGCCGAAUUCCCGAAUCUCUGUAAUGGGCGGUGAGCAGGCGGCCACUGUCCUGGCCACCAUCACCAAGGAUCAGAGGGCACGGGAGGGGAAGGAGUUCACAGCAGAGCAAGAGGCUGCCAUGAAGAAGCCAAUCGUAGAGCGGUUUGAAGCGGAGGGCAGUCCAUACUUCUCCAGUGCAAGACUGUGGGAUGACGGGAUCAUUGAUCCCGCAGAUACUCGUCUGGUUUUGGGUCUGAGCCUCAGUGCCGCGCUGAAUGCACCAACGAAGAAGACACGCUUUGGAGUGUUCAGGAUGUAAUGCUGAUGACGCUUGCCUACCUGUUAGAGUUUGACAUAUACUGUACCUAAACUAGUUUUUGUAGUUUUACUUGUGAGGUGUCACCAGAUUAAGGGCAACAAACACAGAACAUAAUGACUCGAGUAGAAUCACAGACCUCGGAUCAAUGGGGAUGUGAUUGGAUGGUGUGCUGUUGUUGUGGGAUAUUUCCACUAAGACGUUGUGCCUUAACUAUCACUAAUCCUUUGUAAAUGCAAACUGUAUUCAUGUUUUAUUUUCCCUUCUUUUUUUUUCUUUUUAUUGAAUGCUGUAAAUGAUGAAUUAUAAAAGUG